CAAGCCGAACCCUUUCGGCCGCCCACGUCCCCACCCACGUCUCAACUUUAUAGCCGCCCCUCCCCACCGCCGCGGCCGCCACGCACAGCAGCAACCGGUAGCAGGAGCAUCCGCGACCCCGAGCCCUACUGCUACCGCCGCCGCCACCACCGCGCCGAACGCUAUGGCCGACACCGCGGAGCACCGUCCGGCCGAGGAGGAGGAGGAGGCCGCGGCGGCCGGCGAGGACGAGGACACCGGCGCCCAGGUCGCUCCCAUCGUGAAGCUGGAGGAGGUCGCCGUGACCACCGGCGAGGAGGAUGAGGACGUCCUCCUUGACAUGAAGGCAAAGCUGUACCGGUUUGACAAGGAUGGGAACCAGUGGAAGGAGCGGGGAACGGGCACGGUGAAGCUGUUGAAGCACAAGGAGAACUCCAAGGUCCGCCUUGUCAUGCGCCAGGCCAAGACUCUCAAGAUCUGCGCUAAUCACCUUGUGGUGGCGACUACCAAGAUGCAGGAGCACGCAGGGAGCGACAAGUCGUGCGUGUGGCACGCCCUGGACUUCGCUGAUGGCGAGCUUAAGGAGGAGAUGUUCGCCAUCCGUUUCGGAUCUGUCGAUAACUGCAAGAAAUUCAAAGAUACCGUUGAAGAGAUUGCUGAACAGCAAGGAAAGAACGAGGAAAAAGACAGCGAGGAGGCCUCCUCUGCUGCUGAGUUGGUGGAGAAGUUAACGGUGACUGAGGCCAAGAAGGAGGAAACUGUGGAGAAAGAGGAAUCUCCAGCAGCAGAUGAUAAGAAGGAUGUCAAAGAGUGAAGGCACCUGCAUUCGCUUCCUAUGCGUUUUUGGCAUUUGUAUACUGAAACAAGUGUCAAAUGAGUGUCAUUCCAUUCAUUUUGUUGUCAGGGUUCAUCUUCCCUUCACAAAUUUUCAUUUGUGUUUUCUUCGGGAUGAAUGUUUGUGUUGGGUGGAAUCUAGUUGUGUCGGUCAUCUACUUGGCAUUCGUGGUUGAUAGACUGUUCUUGAAGUCUCCUGUUUAUCUGGGAUGGAGUGGCUGGGUCAGCAUGUUUGUACAAUUAUUUGGAGUUGCUUUGGGAAUGGACGCGGCUUGAGUUGUCCAAAGUCAUCUUUUCGCUCCGAUUGUCUACUUCAUUUUUGUUGUCCUCAAUAAUAUGAGAUGCUAUACUUUGUUUAU